UAAAUUCUGGCUGAUUCAGCGCGACCGUGCACUUAGUAAUCCUAAAUGAACGAGUAAACAUUUUUCGGCUAAAAUUAUAACGAUUACGCAUAUGAAAUACGAGUAAUGGCAAGAAAAAGCCUAAUUCUCGUCUGUGUCUCUGUGGUUCUCACGCAGCUCGUCGUUGUGAGUUUUAGUGCCAAAACAGAUGAAAUAGAUUGGACUACUGUUCAUGAUGAUCUAAGAAAACUGGGUGCUACUUUUCGAAAAAAAUGUUUAGCAGAGACUGGCGUGACGAUUGAUAAGUUAGAAGGAGCAGAAAUGGGUCAAUUUCCGGAUGACAGAAAAUUGGCAUGUUAUUUCAAAUGCGUGAUGGAAAAAGGCGGAGUGAUGAAAAAGGAUGGCACUAUAAACUACAAAGUAUUGGCCAAACUGCUUCCGCAAGCAUAUAAACAAAUUGGAAUAGACAUGAUGGAUGAGUGUCGCGAUAUAGAGGGUAGCGACAGUUGUGAGAAAGGCAUGAAAUUUCAUCAAUGCAUGUACAACGCAAAUCCUGUGGCGUUCUUCGUUAUCUAGAUAUUAAACAUCUGUUAAGAUCCCAAAGAUUAUAUAUAAAUUUGACAAAGUAAAAUUCCUAAUAAUCAUCCUAAUAAUAAUCCUCUGUUUUUCAUUUCAAUGCUAAUUUAAAAUAAAGUAAAAUCCAAAAAAAUAAA